AUGGAUGGAUGUGUAAAGAUCUUGGGAGAUCCCAACAAGACAAAUGUUCGAUAUGCUGUAGUGGAUAUUGACUCAACCAGCUCGUAUGGCAGUUUUAGCGUGAUCAUCAAGGAUGUUGAAAUUAUUCAGAUUAACGCAACCAAAGUUCUUGUGUUCUGUCGCAAAAAAGAGCAUGUCAAGGAACUUUUUGAAUUAUUCAGUCAUUGCCUUGGCCAAAAGGCCUAUUACAGACCAACUGGGCAAGAACCACUAGAUGAUCCGACACGUUUAUUUACCAUGUAUCACAAGAAAACUGACAAUCUGGUAAAAGGAACUAUCGAAACCGAAUUUUGCAAGGAAAAUGGUACUGUUCGGGUUGUUUUCUGUACAAUAGCUUUUGGUAUGGAAGUUAAUGUGGAAGGUGCUUAUAACUGAAUUCAUUUGGGGCCAUAGUCUGAUCUUGAUGAUUAUCUGCAAGAGUCAGGUAGAAUUGGACGAUCAUCGGACACUAUGAGCCAUGCUGUGCUAUUAAGAUUUAAAGGCUGUACACAGAGCAGAAAAAUAAGCAAGGGAAUGAAAGAGUAUGUUAAGAAUAAUGAAGAAUGUCGGUGUAAACUGCUUCUCAAACCUUUCUGCUCAAGUCCUCAGAGUAAUGAUACCAAACACUCCUGUUGUGACUUAUGUGCAAAAUCGUGCCGUUGUGUUUGUACAUGCAGCCUGGAACUGUGUAUAUGCCAAGACUCCUGCUCUUUAAGUGACUACCAAUCACCAGUUGAAGCUUACAUCAAAUCAUUAAAUGACACUGAAGAAAGAGUACCAGACUCAGCAAUCAGCAAUGAAAUGUCAAGACGAAGACAGACCCAUUAA